UAAUUGUUUGUUGAUUUAAUUGUUUCGAUUUUAACACUUCAGUUUACUGUAUUCGAGUCUGAAGUUAGAUCAAGUCUCGCGAUGUAUACAUAAAAUCGCGAGACCUUGUUGCUCCGCUAUCAGUGCUACAAAUUGGAAGUUGAACUUGCCUGCAGGGUCGCAGAACCAUGCCUGAACAGAGCGGUAAGGUCCAGACAGUGCUGGGUCUGAUAGAGCCCGGUCAGCUGGGCCGCACCAUGACCCACGAACACCUUACGAUGACAUUUGAGUGCAGCCAUGUUCCCCCAGCACCUGGAGACGAGGGUCUUGCUGCAGCUCCCAUUGAGAUGAAGCAUCUUCACUGGUUGCAGCAGAAUCCGUACAGCCACAGUGAGAACCUGCUGUUGAAUCAAGAGAUCGAAGCGGUGAAGGAAGAGCUGUUGUGUUACCGUAAAGCAGGAGGAGGAUCCAUAGUGGAGAACACCACCACGGGCAUCACCCGAAAUCUGCCUGUUCUGAGGAAGCUGGCUAAAGAGACGGGUGUGCAUAUCAUAGCUGGAGCAGGAUACUAUGUGGACGUGACCCACUCUGAUGAGACAAGAAAGAUGACGGUUGAGAAGCUAACUGACAUCAUUGUCAGUGAGGUCCUCCAUGGAGCAGACGGUACCGAUAUCCGCUGUGGUGUGAUUGGAGAGAUCGGUACUAGCUGGCCAAUCACAGAGAGUGAGAAGAAGGUCCUGCGAGCCACCGCUCAUGCUCAGACUCAGCUCGGCUGCCCGGUUAUCAUCCACCCCGGACGGAACAAAGCCGCUCCUGGGGAGGCCAUCCGCAUUCUGCAAGAAGCCGGUGGAAAUAUCUCCAAAACAGUCAUGUCUCAUCUUGACAGGACCCUAUUUGAUCAGCAAGAAUUACUGGAGUUUGCAAAGAUGGGGAGCUACCUUGAAUAUGACCUCUUUGGCACAGAGAUGCUGAAUUACCCAUUCAACCUUGAUGUUGACAUGCCCAGCGACAGCCAGAGAGUUCAGGCCUUGGCUUUCCUGAUCAGGGAAGGUUAUGAAGACAGAAUCCUCAUUGCUCAUGAUAUCCACACCAAGCACCGCCUGACCAAGUAUGGCGGUCAUGGCUUCUCCCACAUCCUGAAGAAUAUUGUUCCCAAAAUGCUGUCUCGAGGUAUCACUCAGAACCAGGUGGAAAAAAUACUGAUAGAGAAUCCUAAACAAUGGCUGACAUUUAAAUAAACCAGCUGCCUUACAAAUCAAUUUACUUCCUCAAGUUAACGUACCAAAAAAUGAUUUAUAAUUUGUUUUGCUAGGAACACUGUUGUCCAGUUGAUUUUGGUGCUAAAUUCCUUACUUUGGUGAACAUUAAUACAUGUACACUCUUAAAAAUAGGUUUCAAAAGGGGUUUUCAUAGCUAUGCAUUUUAGUUCCCCAAAGAAAUUUUAAACAGUUCUUAAAAGAACCAUUUGUUUCUUUUUAUGAAGAAUAUUUUAAUAAUCUAAAAGAUCCUUUUGUGCAGUGCAAUAGUUGAGUGUUUCUGCAUGGAACCAUUGAUGCCAUGAAUUUUUUUUUUUUUUUUAAGAGUGUAAGAUCCAUAUAUCACACGGAAGUUUAACACUAACUAGACUCUUCUUCAGUGUUUUUUUUUUUCUUUUUUCAAAUUUAUAAAUAAAAUAUUCACCAGUCUUCAAUGAUCGAAGUUCACUCACCACAAAAAAAAAAUGGGUAAAAUAAAAACAUGGCUCUGAGUCAUUAAAAAUAAGUGCUUUUUACUUAAAUUGGAUGAACUAACAAAGAAAAUGUUAUUAAUUAGACUAAUAAUUUUACUCAGGGAAUCACAAUUAAGCCAAAGAUAAUGGAAAAAAGUGGAACAGUACUAGUGUAUUCAAAGGUCUGAUGAAAUAUCCUGACUACAUUGAUUACUAAUUAGCCAAAGCAAAAUAUUUUUGAAUCUAUCACACAUUGUAAUAGGUUGCAAAUUGUGCUUCUUAUAUUAUGUAGCUGCAAACAUCACAACCAAUUAAUGCUGAACAUAUAGCAAUAUAACAAAAGCAAUAUAAUGCUGAACAUACAGUUCCCCUUAACAACAACAGCUUGCUGUACACGUUAGCUUUGGCAAGCCUGAUGUUUCACAGAACAUCUAAUAAUUUGAAGGCAUGCGCUCUGACAGGUCAUUGUGUAGGACAGAGAGGUGAGUUUCUCUGGAGCAGGUGGCCGCUCACAGCGACUCCUAGUAAAAUAAUGACACUGUCAGGUGCUGUGUCCCUGUGUGACAGCAAGGUAAUGUUAAAAGAACAUGCGGAGUCAUCCAUACUGUAAGUUACUUAUAAGAUGACGUCUUGUUAAUUCAUCUCGUCCAAUUUCCUGUUAUUUUUAUUUCUUUUUUUCUUUUUUCUUUUUUUUUCUGCUCCAGUAUGAGUAUUUUGCUUACAAAAGAUUUUUCUUUUUUAAUGUAUAGAUAUAGGUAAGGACUACCAUUUUACAGUUGUGUAUUGUUUAGUGCUUUUAAAUGAAUAGCAAACUAUAUAAAUUAUGUCAAUGCUUGAUGUAAACUUGUCAUCAGGGGUGCACGAUAAAUAUCGGCCGAGUGAAGAGAUGCGCAUUAAUUAUCGGCAGAUAUUAUCGUGCACCCCUACUUGUCAUAGUUGCAUUUGUUGAUUGCUGUACUACACUAUAUAUGUAGAGCUUUUAGUUUUAUAGCAAAUUCAUACACGCAUGCAAAUCAUACAAGAUAUUUUAUUCACAAUCUUUUGAUGACACUGCACAUACCAGACAGUGAUAAUAUUUUUAAAUGAAGACAUUUAUGUAAAACGGUACAGAGUUGUGGCUUGAAUGUGACAUUUUAUGUAUGAAGAAUGAGAAAUUAUUAAAGAAAUGUCAUCUGAUCUAUAUUUCCGGGCUAAUGGUGGGUGCUCUGUAACAACCUCUUCUGAUCAACCAUGUAAUCAGUGUAAAGGUAGGCACAUAUGGAAUGGAAUGAUGUCACAUGAUUUUCUGCUUUCACGCCAGUUAAUCUCUCAAUAAAUAUACUGCAAUCAUCA